AUGUCCUCGACGCGUCGCGGACAUAGUGCCAAUGUCUUUCAAAAUGAAAUCUACCCAACCGAUCUCAUGCAUCAAUGGAUGCCUCGGCCUUAUUCCUCUCGUGGAUAUUCAUCUUUGGGCCUUCAAAUGACGCCUUCGAUAUAUAGUCAGCCUGCGCAGUUUAACGCUCUGAUGGGUGGCCUCGUGUUUGAGCCUCCGCAACGACCUCGCGUGCCCUCACCUAGGAAAGGCCGUGGUACAUCAUACGUGCCGUCAAGGACAAUCUUUCAUCCUGGAUUAAAUCGAGUGUCAAUUCCGCGUCCACAUCCCGCGCAUUUCGUUACUGAUUCACCGCCCAAACGCUCCGUUUUUCGCAAUAUUGAAGCCCCUUCGGUCCCGCGACCGCAACAGGGUCUUUUUACUACCUUUCCUUCUACCAAAACGGCCAUGCAUGAGAGCAAAUCUGUGAGCGGUCUUCAAAGCGAUCGAUUUGCAGAGUUCCCGGAUCUCGGACACAGCUACCCACGGCAACCUAAGACACCUUUGAUUGACGCCGCUUUGCUUAGAGAGCAAGGAUUCAGAAAAACUUCGAGGAGUCACCAGCCAAUUAUCGAGGUUCCGGAACCAGAAAAAAUGCCCGCAGUUGAAGAUGAUGGCUUGAAACCGCCCUAUAGUUACGCUACACUAAUUGGAAUGUCCAUCUUAAGAGCACCAAAUCGUCGAUUGACAUUGGCUCAAAUUUAUAAAUGGAUCUCCGACACAUUUUCCUACUAUCGAGUAUCUGAUUCGGGAUGGCAAAAUAGCAUUCGGCACAAUCUCAGCCUGAACAAAGCCUUCGUGAAGCAAGAACGGCCAAAGGACGACCCAGGCAAAGGGAAUUACUGGGCAAUCGAACCGGGAAUGGAGGCCCAAUUCCUCAAAGACAGGCCGCUCAGGCGUCGCACUUCUGUUGGCAAUGGCUCUUCCUCCUCUCUUGGAAAAUCAAUCAGGGAAGGUCAAAGGAGCAAAGUUGAUGAACCCAACCUGGACGUCACUCAGGAGCGUGCCCCUGGCUCCAGGGCAGUCUUUAACGAUAUCGAACCGUCGUCUGAUGCGACCAUUCCAGCUUCAGAUCCAGCAGCUCAGGAAGAUGAGGCUUUUGAGUUUCUCCAUCAUCGCCUCCCUUGCUCGCGCGCUCAGCCUUCUUCACCCCGGGCUCUGGAUUCCUCUCCGCCAGUACCAAAUCAAGCAGAGGUUCAUCGCGCAACGCCCCCGUCGACUUCGCAAAUAGUUCCAUCGUCUUCGCGACAGCCACGAAAGCACAAUGUCGUGGCCAUGAACGAUAGCGGUUACUUUUCGUCCCUUGACUCGUCCGUCAUGCGUUCGAACAUGCCCUCCACGGUAGCCGGUCCGGAAGCUGAGGUCGAUCGAGCUUCACUCAAAACGGGCCGGGCGGAAGAAGAAAUUGCUCGCAUUGCGCGAAGUCGUAAUCCCAAUCACGGCAGUCCAACUAAGCACAGAACUAUUUUCAAGCAACCUUCUCCAAGGCUUGGCUCAUCCUCUCCUUUAAGAUGCCUUGAUAGCACUCUCAUGCUACCGCCAUUGACGCCAGCGAGCACGUUCAAGGUGUCACCAAAGCGGCCUCUGUCAGCCUCGCCAAAUACUAAUCUGAGAAAUCACCGCAAUCGAAUGCGGGAGCUCGUUCCAUCCCCCGAUCGUGGCAUGGCGGUUCUUCCUGACGAACUACCUUGGGGGCAGGAUCUUUUCGAUAGAGAUGAGGUAUACAUUUUCGAUGAAAAUUUCAAUUUAUUCCCAGACGGACCAUUACCACAAUGCCCAUCUAUCGCAGGUUCUCCCGGAAAAUCUGACUCUCCUUCCAAGCGGCUCUCGCCGUUCAAAAAUUCUUCUCCUAGCAAGCGCUUCACGCCAGCUAAACGCGCACAUUCGCAAUUGUCGCCGGAAAAGCGCACGGUGAAGAAGCCUCGUCAUGCACACGCGUUGAAUGGGGAUAGCGUUCUCUCCGAUGUAACUGGCGCUGCUUUAAACCUACCAGAGUCAAAUACCAAGGGCAACUCAUUGGUUAAGCCAGGACCGCUAAAGGCAUUCGGCCAGUCUUCUAUUUGCACCGGAAUCAUAGAUAUCCCCAGAGCAGGAUAUCCCGAUUUUGACGACGACUUGGAGGGUCAGGAUGAUAUUGGCGAAGUUGACCUUCUCCAAGGUUUCCAAAAAAUUGGCGGUUCAUAA